CAAGGUUCUAAGUUAUUUAAGUUUCUCAAAAGUGAAACCUAAGUUCGUUACUAUUUAAGCCAUAUUGUGAUGGCUUUUUCGGAAGUCCAGUAUCCCGCACAGCACUGUGCUGUCGGCGGGCAACAGUUUCAGGGAAGUCUUCAAUAUUUUGGCUCAAUGGCCCCGAACUAUGCGGGGAUGAGUCAGCAGCACAAGCAAUGGCCGACCAACCAAGAUUUCAACGCGAACGAAAAUUACCAAUCUCACAACUUCAUGCAACAGAUUCAACCUCGGCCUUCGCCAAAUGGCCAAAACCAGAUGUGGAACGCCAACCAGCGGUGUGAUGCUAACGUGUACAACCCACACCAUUUGGCGCCAAUGAUCAAUAAUGCAUCUUACCCGCAACAGCACGGGUUUAACCGACAGAGGGUAAACAGCGCUGCUAGCGAUGGGUGUCCUACUCCUCAGCCCAACCACUGGAUGGCAGCACAGCAAAGCCCCACGAUGUGGUCACCAUCUGGAAUGAGUGAUCCGUCCAGAUCUCGCCAGCCAAGUCUCAGCGAUGGCGGCCAACUUACUCCGGACAACUUUUAUCAAACACAAAACCAUCAAUACCAGAUAAACCAGCAGCAGAGGAGUAACCAUCCGUAUCAACCAAACUAUCAUGUUGGUCCUCCUGGUGUGAGUGGUUCAUAUAUGAGGACGCUCUCACCAACUUCUUCCAACCCCAACUCGCCCCCAUUACUUCCAAUGCUGACGUCACACUCGAUGCAACCGAAUCCGAUUAUGAUGUCACACAGGCAACCAUCACAGCCAGUGAACAAUCAAAUCCAAACACCCAUUGGUCCAUCGACAUCAAAAGUUAGUGGGAGCGACUGGGAAUUGGAAUGCAUGGGAGUUAAAAUCAAACUGGCAAGCGCAGAAUUAUGGAAACACUUUGAGAAUGUCACAACUGAAAUGGUGAUCAGUAAACAUGGCAGGAGAAUGUUUCCGGUUCUGGAAUAUGACGUCAGCGGUUUGAAUCCAGGAAAACUUUAUAACUUCUUUGUUGAUUUUGUUCUGGCUAACGACUACGUAUGGAAAUACAUGGACCAGAAAUGGCAAGCUACCGGUUUAGCUUCAGCUGAGGAACCAGGAUUCCACCCUGGUCAACGUGUUUACAUUCACCACGAAUCCCCAGCACUUGGCGACUUCUGGAACAAAAAGGGAGCUGGGUUUGGGAAGAUGAAACUGAGCAAUCAUCUUCACGAUGAAAAGGAAAAGAUAAUCACACUCCGAACAUUACACAAAUACCAACCUCGCCUUCACAUCGUUGAAGUGGAUCACAGGAACCCAACUUUACAAUCCAAUCUUCGAACUUUCGUUCUUCCUAAAACAACCUUUAUGACUGUUACACUUUAUCAUGAUACAGAUGUUGCACAGUUGAAAAUCAAUUUGAAUCCUUUUGCGAGAUCAUUUAGAAGUUCGUGCCCAAAACCGGUCGACGCUGGAAAUUCAUCUUCCAACUCCUCUUCAAUGUCGCAAACGUCAUCACCACUGACGUCAUCAGAUGACGCCGACACGUCGGCCAUUCCAGAAUGGACCGAAACAGACCCAGUAGGCCACAAUCCGAGCCUGAUCGUUAAAAUUGAGAAUCCAGUCCAAGGCAUCGAUAUUGAAAAGGCGAAAAAGUUUUUAAAUAAACAACUUAGUGUGAUGUCACAAUUGGUACAAAAAAGCGAGGAGCUUGAACGCAACUCAUCCUUAAACAAAAACCAAGAAGCAAAACCUCGUCAAGUGAUCGAAAUACCAGACCCCAACAAUGACGAAGCACCCGGGGAGUCUUUGGAGGAGUUGUUGAAGCCACAAACAGUUCAUCAUUUCCCCCCACAGUCGUCAGAAAUAAAACCACUUUCUGAGAAUAAGAAAAAUCCCACCAGUACAGCAACUUCGUUGGCGGAUUACCAACUGCUCAAUGUAGAUAGAUGCUUUCCACCUAAUGCUGUAGCGCCACCAAGCGAAGCUUUGCCGUUCGACCCCAAUCAAUUAAGACAGCGCCACCAAAAAGAACAAGGACAAAGCGAGAACCUUCCAACUUUUUUCGAUUGUACAUACUACCGUGAACAAGCCGGUGCUUCAAAGAUUAAUCUUGAAACCAAACAAGACCCCUCCUCCACAAAUACGCCUCAUCUUCCAGUUAUUUACGUUCCUUCCUCAACCAACCACCAACCUACUUCAAAUGACGUCAUUACAGUUGCGUCACCGUCUCAGGCGCCAACUAUUACGUCACAAUCCACACCUAUAACCCACGCUUCCCCCACUCGAAGUGAGGGCACGUUGUUUCCUACUUUACCUACAUUAUCACCGAACUGCCUCCGAGACAUGCUGCUCGGUGAAGUCUCGGCAGAAAAUUUCGCGUCGUCAUCAUCGAAACGAAAGCAUCAUGACGAUGAGGAUGAAGACGAUGAUGACGUCUUCUUUAACUCACCUGGUGAUUUUGAUUUUCUUUCUGCACAGCCAAAUAAGCGUGGUUGUUAUUAUGGUGCUUAAAUCGCUAACGUUUAACAGCUACUUUCAAUCGUACCUAAAGUUCAAACUGUGCCUUUUACUUCUUGUUGCUUGUUUCAUUUUAACAAGAUAUGUAUUUUUUGAAAUGUGAUUUUAUUUCCGCGUCAAAUAAACCCAGUAUAAUAAUACAUC